AUGGCUUGCAUUGUUCAACAAGCUACGUCCACGCCGCCUGACCACGACUACGACUGCGGCUGGAUCGAUCCCGAUUUUACCGAAAUAAUUGAGAACCAACUCGUUGACGAAGACAACGACGUCGAAGAGCACACGCGGCUGGAGAGCGCGCUGGGAAGGAGGUGGACUGCCAACGACUCGCAGCGGGUUGUCGGGAGGAUGGACAGGGAGAUGGAAGCCCUCGGUCCGGAAGCCUUGGCACUCUACGAGGCCCGCUUUCUGGAUGUGGUCACGGACCCGGAGUACGAGCACGUGUGGGAGCGUGCAAUCUGCCUAGAUAUCGACUACCUGAGGGCCCAAGGCUCGCUAGGGCCAGACACGGAAAAGGACGGCCUGGUCUUGGAAAUUUGGUCGGAGGUGGAGAGGUUUAUCGACACGGGAGCCGUUGUUGAUGAUAUAGAACUGGGGAGCGGUGUGAGCGAGGAGGCUUUGUCGAGAGGGCUGAAGAGGAAGCGGGGGAGUGGGGAGAUGUGCGUGGUGUGCCAGGACUCGCUUGGGGACGGGGAACAAGUGGCGGGCCUCGGUUGCGGGCACGACUACCACGUGGACUGCAUCAAGCAAUGGCUGAGGGAGAAGAAUGUCUGCCCGCUUUGCAAAGCCAGAGCCGUACAAGAAGAAGAAGAAGAUGAUGAUGCAUAG